AUGAUUGACGACGAUAGUAGCUUGGGUGGUGGUUUUGGAAGGAUUGGGUGCUGGUCUACUAUGCUUAGAUGCAACUGGAGGUUCUUUGGUCAGGGAGUUACCGAACCAAUGUUUUACAUAGGGAUGUUGUUCAGUAUGUUUGCUUGGCAUGUAGAAGACCAUUACUUACAUAGCAUUAAUUACCAUCAUUGUGGAGCUGAAAAAACCUGGUACGGUGUUCCGAGUCACGCUGCACUACAUUUCAAAAAAGUCGUUCGUGAAAAGGUGUAUAAUCAUGAUAUUCUAUCAACUGAAGGAGAAGACGGCGCUUUUGAUGUUCUCCUAGGAAAAACAACCUUAUUUCUUCCUAAUAUUUUGUCACAACACGGCGUUCCGGUUUACAAGGCUGUCCAAAAGCCCGGGGAAUAUGUCGACACGUUCCCCCGCGCAUAUCAUGCAGGAUUUCGUCAUGGUUUUAAUUGCGGUGAGGCUGUGAAUUUUGCGAUUGGUGACUGGUUCCCGUUGGGAUCAAUAGCUACACGUCGUUAUGCACUUCUUAACAGGACACCUUUGAUUCCUCAUGAGGAACAUUUGUGUAAAGAAGCUAUGCUUAUUUCAUCGGUUGGUGAUUUUGGAGAUUUAGAAUGGCGUUCCGUAGAUAAUGCAUCUAGACUUACCUCAUUUGUUAGUCAAGCAUAG